GGAUUUCCAAGCAGUGUGGGAAUUAACAAGCCAAUCAACACGUUUGAGAGUGGACGACCCUUUGCUAUCGAAUGCCCCCUCAAGGGCCAGCCGAACCCUUUAGUACACUGGUUGAAGAAUGGCCUGCCCGUUGACUAUUCAGACAGCAGGAUUCGUUCUUACCAGACGUUGACGAGUUCAAGUCUAAAAAUAUUGUCAGCUGUUGAAUCGGAUUCGGGCAAAUAUGAAUGUUACGCCACCAACCUACACGGAACUGCAUUCUCUUCCGUCUUUACAAUUUACAUCAAAGAGAGGCAGACACCUCCGUACUUCUCAUUCCUCUCCAAAAACGAGAGCGUGACGGAGGGUAGCGACCUGAACCUCACCUGCAUCGUCAUGGGCGCUCCAGUGCCCACUGUGGAAUGGCUGGAUGGGGAGGAACAGAUGCAACCCGAACGCACCAACUACGGACGCGCCGUGCUGAACUUGAAAGAUAUCAGACGGUCUCUGGAUCUCACAUGCAGAGGUCAAUCUAAAUUAGGCAAGGUCACGAGCAACGUUCGAGUCACCGUUAAACAUGUCCUACCUCCAGAAAACUUCAAAGUGUUCGCUAGGAGAGUGACAUCGCUGACGUUUUCGUGGAGUGUUUCCAACGAUUCGAACGUCAUCAGUUACGUCAUGAACUACAACUCCAAAGUGGUCAACGCCAGCAUCACAGUUGCCAAACUGAAUGAUGCUAUCAGUGAGAUGAACACAACCAUCUUCGAUCUGCAGCCGAACACGGAGUAUUCUUUCAAACUGGCUUCUCACACGAAAAAUGGCCUGAGUGACUUCACGGACCCCGUUCUUGUCAAGACUCUUCAGUCAGUGCCCAGUUCUGCCCCCGUGAACAUCAAAUACACUCCAAUCGAUCAAACGUCAAUCAAAAUCACGUGGUCACCACUGCCACCCAGCCUUCAAAACGGUCAAAUACUCGGUUAUCACUUGCACGACACGCCCAUUUCCACAAAAACUGGAAAACCGGAACUCGGGAAAAGGAUAACAUUGUCACCGACCGAAACAUCCUACACUCUGAUGAAUUUAGUGGAAUGGUCGAAACAUCAGUUGAAGAUGAAUGCGUUCACCGUACAAGGGGAGGGGCCAUGGUCAGAUGUUGUCGAGAUCCAAACUUUGGAAGGAAUUCCAGGCGAACCACGAAAGCUGAAACUUUCGUCAUCCACCUCAACAUCGAUCCGCGUCAACUGGAAGACACCACUUGAGAACAAUUGCAUCUUGAGAGGUUACUACAUCUACUACACCGAAGUCGAUGACAACAAUGAUCAAUAUGUUGGCAGCCACACCUUCACAGUGAAAGAUUUGAAGCCAGCGACGACGUACGACUUCCAGAUAUCAGCCUUCUCAGAGAUGGCCAAUGGAACAAAAACGAAACCAAAGAGAUCUAGGACUCUGAACGUCGGUCAGUAUAACACGUGA